ACGUAGCACACGUGACAUACUGAUGCGGAAGCAUGUUCGAUACUUUGUUAUCUGAAAAAUAAAAUAGUAUUUAAUCUUAAUUUAAGAUAUAUUUGAAUGCAAUAUAUUAAAAUAAAACAUAUCAAUAAUAGUAGGGCACCAUGAUGAUCAGCUUCAUCUGUGUAUUCACAUAUAUAUUUGCAGUGCUGAUAAAUAAAGUCUCUCUGCAGGUCACAGUAGAGGGUUUUGUUGGUGGUUCUGUUGUCCUGCCGUGUUCUUCAGCUGAACAUGUUCUUAAACUUCAAGACACUGAUGUGCACUGGAGACACAAUAGCAGCAAGAUUGUGUAUGAUCUAGUUAAGGGUGAAGAUUCACUAGAAGAACAGGACCCACGAUACAAGAACAGAACCAAAACUUUCCCUGAAGAGUGUGUAAGAGGAAACUUCUCCAUCAGUCUCUCUGAUCUCACUCACGCUGAUGCAGGAAAAUACAACUGUCUCAUCACACCCUCAUCUAAACACGAGACUGUAGAGCUGAUCAUCAACGAAGAAGGAAACACAAGAAUUGAAGAAGAAACCAGACCAGACAGUGGAGAGAAAUCAUGGCUUUGGAUCCUGGUUGUCCCUCUAUUAACUGAACUGGUUAUACUAAUCAUUGCAAUUAUCUUUAGAAAAAAGAUCCCAAGCUGCCGUAUGUCAGUUGAACACUGCAUGGGUUCAGACACUCUUGAGGAUGUGAACCCUGACGCACGUUACAAAUCAGUAACUGCUGAUGAUUGUGAUGAAGCAGCUAAAGCAGGUGAAUGACACAGAUGUGCAGCUAUUUUACUUCAUGAGCUUUCACCUUUAAGAAUGAGUCAGAGAUUCAUUAUUUUUCUGUGUGUGUUUCAUAUCUGUAAAUUAAGUCAAUAAGGUCAGGGGAUCACCAUAUGCAGAUAGUGUCAUACUAACCUGAAGCCACAACAAAUUAACCUUGAAUCGAAAAUAAUUUUCUAACAAAACCACCACCCAUAGUAAAACACAAAUAUAUAUUGUUUGGCUAUUUCUAGAAAUAUGGUUAGUUUGUGGGAAAGUUGUGAAAUUUGGCAGACUGAUAAAGGAAUGUCUGUUCUGUCACCAUAGCAGAUUUACAGUCUCUAAACCAAUCCCUCUAGCGCCACAAACUGUCCAAAGUUGCCUUCAUGUUUUUGUUAAUAAAGUUUGAAGCGUUUGGUCGUCUGAUUCCUUUGCUCAUGCCGAUUCGAUAUGACUAUAUGAUGUCAUUUUUCGUCAUAAAAAAAUUCUCCCAUUUUGAAUUUUCCUUCUUUUUGUUCAUCUGAUUUUCACCAAAAUUGGCACAGAUCCUCUUCAGACCAUGCUGGCAAAAAGUUAGGAAUUCAAGUUCAUUCAUCCAACCCUUCUCGAAUACCACAUUAAUGAAUUAUAUUUUGUCAAACUGUUUAAAGUUGAGAUGAGCAAUUCUGUGUCUGUUAAGUGUGUUUCUUGAAGGAAGCAAACGUCAGCCCCCAAUUUUAUUAGAUGAUUAAUUACUCUGAGUCUUUUGAUUUGGGUACAGAAGCCGCGUACAUUCCAUGUUAUCAAUUUAAGUGGUUGCAUGUGUGUAUGUCAGGUAAAUCAGAGUUGUGGGCUAGCACGUAUAUAUGGGUUAAGAGACAUACGAAGUGAUAAAGAGAAAGAGAGAGUGUUGAGCGGGAGAGAGGGAUAAAGGGGUUCGGUUGAUGUAAUAUGGCGUGAGUGUUUUUUAUCAUCAGUAUUGGGUGAAUGUGUGUCAUAUCUCGCACAGUGUUAAUUUUUGUUGACGAAGACUAUGACUAAAAAUAUUCGUCAACUAACCUUUUUCACGGACGAAAACUAAAUAAAAACUAAAUAAAAAGUCAGAUAUGAUGACGAAAAACAUGACGAAAUGUAACUGACACUU